CGCACUGAAAACAAAUAUGGCGGCUGAUUUGAACGGAAAAAUGAAAAAUCAAACUUUAUUCUGAAAAUUAUUGAAAUAAUAGAAAUAUUCUAGGAAUAUCUAAUAUAUCAUGGAUUUCUUUCCAAGUCAAGAAGGUGAUAUGUUAAUUAAUUCACCAACAUCAACCAGAAAUAAUUUAAGUCGCGUUGAAAUAGAGAGACAAAGGUCAAAAGCAGAUAAAGUCGCAUGGUUCACCCACAACGUAAGAAUAUAUAAAUAUAUGUAUAGCGGUUAUUAUUAGGUGUAUUUAUAGUAUAAGUGUAUUGGCUUUAGUGUGUUUAAGUGAUGGGAAAUAUUUAUUUGUGUAAAGAAAAGUAUGUUAUAUAAUAUGUAAAUAAAUGUAAUUAGACUGCAUUUAUAGCAAACACAAGAUGACGUCAACCAGGACGUGAAAAUGGCAUGGUAUGUGGGAUUUUUACUUCCUGUUUAGCCAAGGACGUCGUUCAGGUUGUGUUUAGGACCUUUCAAAUAAAGAAUUAUGCAAGCAGUGAAAAAAACACGAAAAAGAUAAACCCGAAGUCACAGAUUCAUACCGGAAGGCGGAAGUAAGCGUGAGGUGUAUGACGUCAUUUUCACAUCCUGAUUGACAUAGUGUUGCACAUUAAGUUUGCUAAAGCAACCUAUUGAUUCAGAGUUGACACCAUCCCCGUGCCUCAGUGCCCCAUGUCAAGCCCUCACUCUCGGACAUACACACUAACAUCAGUGUCAUAGCGAGUAUACUGUAUUUUGUUUUGUGAUGCUUACAGACAGGACUCGAAUUUUAUCGUGGCAAUCGUGGCAAUUGCCGUAGUGGGAGAACAAAAUGCCAUGGAUCAUUGCGGCAACAACAGCAAUUUUUUGCCUUAUAGUGCAGUUUUUAUACUAUUUACUUACUGCAUUACUAUUUUGAUACUUGAAUUCAGAUGUUGAUCAAAUCAUGCGUAAAUCGCUAUUUUAGUCUCAGUUUUCUUAAAAAAAACACUAAAGAAAUACGUAGACAUGUUUCUAGCUAAAUGUCAAAAAUCCAAAGUGAGAAUAAAAUUAAAGUUUUAUUACAGUAAUUUGAAAAAUGCUGUGGAAACGGUCAAAAUUGCCGUAGACAGAUGUUACGUCCUACGGCAAUUUUUAACGCCAUUGCUGUCGAUUGAUUUCAGGGAAAUUUGAGGCCUGCUUACGGGGUAUUCAUUGUACAACAUUGUUUGAUGUUUAAACACUCUCACAGGAAGGGAGUGUGUUAUACCUUCCCUAAUUAACACUAACAACACAUCACUCAGCCUACACAUGCUACACUAGUAUCUGGCACUUAUGUAUAUCUAAAUUAAAUGUAUUUACAAUUUAAACAUCAAUAUCACUGUCUUUUAGCUUGCUUUUAGACAAGCUUGACAUAUCCUCAUUAUUUGUCAAAAUCUAUUCCGUCUUUCUGUCAACAUCUACAUGUAUUCCCUGAGGUGUGUGAUUUCAGACUCGAAAACAAAUGAGGCGCAUGGUAGAAUGCGCACCUUGAUGAGUCAAGGCACAUGUGAAGUCAUGCGUGUGCAUGAUCACUCACCUCAAACGGCCAGGUCUGGACAGUGCAUUUUUUCAUAGAGUUGGUAAACAAUGAAUAAUAUUUAAUAUGUCAAUGAUUUCAUUAUUUUUCUCAGGAAUUUUUGUGGAGAAGUGGUGCAAGCUUUUUGUGGUUUAUUUUUCUCUUGCCUGCAAUUUCUAUCUUAUAUGUCACUUUGGUUUUGUUCAGUCUCAAAAAUCCUUUUGCUUGGAUCACAGGUACGGUUUAAUGUGGAAAUUUAGAAAAUAAUGCAACAAUGGCCAGGGUGUCUACAUAUCCUAGAAUAUCUUACCGGUACAUUAUUUUCUACUUCUGGAGACUCUUGGAAUUUAAAAAAAACUCCUGAGAAAUUGUGAAAAACUCUUUGAUGCGCCACUGGCAAUGAAUCUCUCCCGCAAUUUGUUUUGGAGGCACAUAACACUGUUUGCAUUACCAUGUUUUGCCACACUUGUCUAGUUUGUUUUAAAUACCCAUGGAAAAUUCCUGACUUGGUUGAAAGAUGGUUUUUUAAACAAGUGGAAGUACAGUAUAUACAGACCUGGAAAAAAGUGGGAUCUCGGGAUCCUGUCAGAUCCUGAGGAACAUUUGCCUUAGCAAAGAUUGAGGGACAUUUUGAAUUUUUCAUGCAUACUUUAAGGGAGAAUUUUAAGGAAUCAUAUGUUGUUAUCUCCCAUUUGAGUCUAUUUUGAGUUACAACCAAUAUAAUUGACAGAGGAACAUUUGAAAAAGGCUAAUUCAGGAUACGGGGAAUAUUGAACACUUUUUCCAGGUCUGAAAGUAUACUUUCUAUUUUUAUUUAUACUUCAGCCAAUGUCAUGAAUAUUGUUCACCAGCACCUGGGCGCAUUCCACACAUGUAUCACAUGGCGGUGUAGCACACCAAAGCGCCUAGAUAAUAUGAACAUGAGACUCAUUGUUUACAUACCUUGAAAAAAUCUGAUUAAAAUUAAAUUUUAUUGAAAAUUUUAAAAUAUGUCUGCUCAGAUGUUUUAAAUUUCAUUUUGAUUCCCGGUGUCACAGUAGUAUUGGGUAAGCCACAUCAACAAACUAUACCUUCUGCUGAACACUGAACAGUACUAUAUAAUUAAAGUGAUUUUAAAUUUGACAAUUGAGUACUCUUGCAUAUGGUUAGCUAAUCAUAGGCAUAGCUCAGUGGGUUCACACACUCUUUGGUUAACCCAGAUAAACUGAUUGCCAUGGCCGGAUUUUGAGGGGAGUUGUGGGGAGGUGCGCACCUGAGAUCGUUUUGCAUUUCCCCUGAGAAUGUUUGCACUUCCCCUGAAAAUUCAUGCAUCCACCUCCCCUUGGGGAAGUUUCAAUGACAGAGAAAAUUUCUGAAAAUUUAACGUUUUUUGGUUACUUAGGGUCUACACUUCAUAAGAAAGUUUUUCUGUAAAAUUGAAAUAGUAGUAGCCACCAUUCAUCUCUGUGUCAAAUACCCUUUUAAUUAAUGCAAUGUUUUGAAACAAACUUUGUAGUAAUUGUAAUAGACUUGCCACAAGUCGACCUCGAACGAUAGCAAGUCUAUAAUUGUAAUGAAGGGCAAAAUUGGAUGAGUUGUAGUUGUACCGUCAGUCAUACAGUAAUUCAUUAAAUAAUACACUAUACACGAUACUUGACAUAAACCACAUGCAUACGUCACGUCGUUGGCCCGUUCUAAGCCCUAACGUUCCUUAGGGGUCAUGAACUAGACAUUGGACUUCCCCCAAAUUUUAUUUCACUUCCCCCACUAUUUCCACCAAAAUUUUGCAACCAUGUUAGAUGGAUGUUGACGGUCUCUCUACUGCUUUUUAUCUUAUGUUUAAUAAUUUACCAGGAAAAAAUAGCUUUUGAUUAAAGUUGGUGAAUUAAUUACCAUAGAGACUUUUAUAUUCAAUUUUUGAAUACCGGGUACUGCAUCUUCUUAUAAUACAUUAUAUUUCAUUUUCCAAAUUUUGUAGAUGUUCUCUCAAAGAUAUUUUCAUUUUGGGAACUUUUCGUUUUUGUGUUUUUCUUUGGAAUUAUUCUCACUCCCGUGGUCUGGGUUAAUAUCAAAAUUUGCUCAGGUAAAUUUCUAAAUAUAAAUUAUGCUUUUUGUGUAUUAUGUCAGUCAGUGCUACACGUAUGUGUCAAUGUCAAUUAUGUCAUAUAAUCAUCGUCUACCUACAGCAUGUUUUAGCAUAACAAAAAUGCGGUUCUAAUGACUGAGAAACAAAAUGCCAGUCCCGUAAAUACAAUUAACAGGAAUUUUUUAAAAAUACAUUGAUCAUCUUGUAAGAUACGAGUUGCUGAAGACACAAAAAAAUUGCGUUUACAAGGUCACAACUAGUACUAGUAGUAUACUAUUGUAAAUGCUGUAAUUUGAUUGCUAUUCCUCCGCUCGAUAGAUAGCGCGAGUACGCCGAGUAGCAAAACAAUAAUUUUCCUGGCACAUUUUUUUUUAAAAGUGGCUUGAGGCUCGCGUUUUUCAUUGAAUUAUUUUGCGGAACAUUUUAUGUUUGAUCUCUAAUUCUACUUAUAAUUCUACUACUCUCCAAUUCCCAUUAUUGCUCGUUUGCAAUCGACGCCAUCUUAUUCUUCAUUCUUUGUUGUAUUGUGCCAGAAAUCGUAAACUAUCCAUAAUACAGUAAGAUUUUUUCAAAACAAACCAAAAAUAUUAAAUUAACUCAACUACUUCGAUGUAAACGGCUGGACAAAACUUUAAAAUCAACCAAGAUGGCGUCUAAUGACACGUAGUGACGUCAUGUGCAAGCAAAUAAUUGACUUAUUUUUUAUCUUGGCAAAAAAAGGAUAUUCCCGGAAAGAGCAUAUUAAAAUUAGUAAAAUUGCAAAGUUUGGUUGCGAAAUGUUGUAAAAUACGGAAAAUAUAGCCUCGCAAAGUUCGCAAAUUUUGUAUACUUUUGUAUUGCGUGCGGAAUUGCCACCACAUUUACUUUUGUAUUGCGGGCGGAAUUGCCACCACAUUUACUUUUGUAUUGCGGGCGGAAUUGCCACCACAUUUACUUUUGUAUUGCGGGCGGAAUUGCCACCACAUUUACUUUUGUAUUGCGGGCGGAAUUGCCACCACAUUUACUUUUGUAUUGCGGGCGGAAUUGCCACCACAUUUACUUUUGUAUUGCGUGCGGAAUUGCUAUACCACAUUUGGGCCGAAAAUGGUAGCAAUUUCCGCACUCAAUACAAAAGUAUACAAAAUUUGCGAACUUUGCAAGGCUAUAUUUUCCUCAAUUUACAACAUCUUGCAACCAAACUUUGCAAUUGUACUCAUUUUAGUAUGCUCGUUCUAGCUGUGGUGAUUUAUUUAUAAUAAUAAUAUAAAUUUCGGGGCCAGAAAACACGCUAUGUUCCACGGUCUCAGUAAAUAUUAAAGUAAAAAUAAGCGAUAAUUAGCCAUCAGUGCUCGUUUAUUCAAAUGUGUCUGUUUGCUUGAAAACUUUAGAAAUGCAUACUAGAUUUAUGAAAAAAAAAGUAUUUCUAUGCAAAAGAAGCGAGCUGUUGGAAAGUUUGCUUUGUCGUUUUUCGUUCAAAUUUAGGACUAUAAAGCUAACUGACUUUGGAACAAUUGAUUCACCCAUCCUUACUGUAGCUUAUCCAGCCACGCGCUAAUGAAAACAAAAUGUCAUUCGCCCAUCAUUGCUGGAAAAAAGCAUGUCCAUGUAAACAAUGGAUGAAACUUAGUGCUACUUAGUUGGUGUAACAAUGAGUUCCAGUUUCUUUCAUUAUAAGCAAAUGUUCUCAAUUUCUCUAUGGGUUAAUAAGUGCAAUGGGUGUAUUAUAUAGAGAAUGAUACAUGGCAUCCAUGUAUUUUUCUGUUUAUUAUAAAGGACAGUCUUUGAAAAGCGAUAAUUUUUGCAGAAAAGCGAUAAUUGAAAAGCGAUAAUUUUCACAUGUGAGAUUAUCAUGAAUAAUCUCACAUGUGAGAUUAUCACUUUUAUCAGUGCUCGAAAUCUCUUUCAAAAACUCAUUAAUAAUUCAUGAAGCAAUUAUCCAAUCUUGAGUAAGAAAUUAGUCACGUGCAUACGUCUUUAUACCAGCUAAAGCACACUUUAACAAAAGACCAUUGUUAUGCAAACUAUAUAAAGAUUUUUAUAUUAAGAUUUUUAUAUAAAGAUUUUUAUAUAAAGAUUUCUAUAUAAAGAUUUUUAUAUAAAGAUUUGACUUAUUAUGCAAAUGUUUUUGAAGUCACUUAAAAAACUCGCAGGUCGUGUCUUAUUAGGUCUAAAGCCACUCGCUCUGCGCGCUCGUGGCUUUAAACCUAAUAAAACACUCCUGCUCGUUUAUUAAACAGUACAUAAAGCACUAUACUUUAUAUAAUAAAUAGUUAUUCAAUUAAAUAAUGAAAGAAUGACCAAUGUCUGGUAAAAAGAUGGUAGAAAUUUCAGAGCAACUACACUUUCUGUUUUUUCACUUUAGUUGAAGUAAAGACAGGGGUUACCAGACUCUCCGUUGUAAAAUCACUCUUCACUGUGAAACAUGUAUCUCAUCUGAUAUUCUGCAUCCUCUCUGGCUCUCUUGGCAUAUAUUGGCUCACGUCAUUUACCUACUACGAAUAUGGAGUAUUCACACGCAACUGUACCACGUAAGUAGUGGGAAUAUAGAAAUUGCUUCCUUAUUAAGUUUGAAGUUUUCUUCCUAAAAAAUUUGAAGAUUUUCUUUGGUAUAAGUACAUACAGUACUGUAUGUAAUUAUGUGCAUGUAAUACUUGAUGUAAACAGCAUUUGAUCCACAUGUUACGCUAUAGAAAUGCAUGAUAAUCGUCAUCAUAAAAGAUGCUUGCCGUGACGACCGCGCCACCGAGGCCCUAAUUUAAAUUGCCAUUUUCACAAUGUGGAUAUGAUAUGAAAAUAGUAUAUAUCCACAUUGUUUCAGCCCAUAUAAUCUGGAUAUUUUUCCAGUGCUUGCUACUCUGCUUGAUUCUUGUUAUUGUUGUAUUUAGUUUCUACAAUGAAAAGCCAUUAUUGUGUUUCAAUGAAACGACUUUGUUCCUCCAUGUUUUUGGUGCUGUUCUGGUAAGUUGCAAAUUAAUACAAGCAAAGCAAAUACCACCCAUGAUUUUCAAAAGAGCAAAGCAGGUUGUGACCUUACAAAGCAACAUAUAAGGAACGAAAUCAGUUUCAUUGGUGCUCUGCAUUGUGGUUAUAGUGGUAUCACUGAUAUUCACGAUGGCUUAUUUUUUGUCCUGACCCGUGCAAGAACUUUUUAAAAAAGCUAGGGUCAGGUGCGCGAUAGCCAACAGCAAAAUAUUCGCGAAAAAAUUCAAUAUUUUCAUUCGAGGCCGCUAUCUUUAUCAGUGAUACCACUACUGUAUAACCACAAUGCAAAGCGCUACGAAAACGUAAUAAGGGCGGGAAUCAUCAAUUACGUAUUCAGUUUACGUAUACUCGGCCCAGCAAAGCAAGACAAACUUUUGCUAAUUUCUCAUUUUCAUCCAAAUUUAACCAAAAUUUAAUCAGUUUGUCCUCGGACAAAAUUUUGUUUUAAUACGUUUGAUAUUCUUCAAGAGAGAAAAUUAUAGAAAAAAUCAUUAAAAACUAACACAUAUAACUUCCUGACGGAGGUAAUUGUUGUUGUAUAGUUGUGAGGCUCAGUUUUGUCUUGUAUUUUGUUUAGGGAGUUGUUUAUUCCUUGAUAUAUUUUAAAGAAAAGCAUCGUCAGAUAAAAUUUCCAGUCGUUCAGGUAUUGUUUUUAUCUAAUAAAAUUAUUAUAUAUAACAUUUUAAAAUGCGUGCUGGCGUGUUCUCCCAUGCAAGUCAGCUUAAAAGAUACCAGGUUUGGCUGUUUUGUAUUCUUUAGGUCCAGUGAAACGAGGAUGAGAGUUGGUCAAAGUUGAUGGGAGUUGUAACUCUCGCUCGCGAGAUUUUUGAUCGUUUCACCGGUAAUAUCCAGUCAACUCUCAUCCACUCUUAUUCAAACUCUCGCGUGCGAACUCUCGGAGGGUCAAUUCUAAAAUAAAACAGAGUUAUCAUAUUGUUCGUUUUAUGUAUUAGCCUUGUGUUUGGUGGCAAAUACAUGGAAUUUCGUAUCAUUUCCUCACUCCAGCACAGCAUAAACAUCAAACAAUUUGAGGUUGAACCCUCCGUCAGAUUCACUGCAUAAUGCCGUAGUGAAACGUAUUUUUCGUUUUCAGGUACUCUGUGGUUUGUCUACCUACAUUAAUAUGCUAUAAUGUUUAGGGGUGCACCGGAUUUAACGAAUUUUCCGGCAUCCGGCCGGAUUUGGAGAAAAUCCGGCCGGAUUUAAAUUUCUGUUUUCACCUUAAAAAUGGGAUAAACCAUCAAUUCCAAAUCCGGUGCACCCCUAAUAAUGUUAUUUAACGAAGAUACUGUAUGUUUUUUUAAUUUUCGUUGCAGCAAGAAAGAAUAUUUAGGGUAAAGGCGUGUCUGGUUCCCUGUUUUUGGCGAGCUGUUGUCGUCUCUGUCAAGGUAAUAAUAUAUUGCAGUUAAAUCAUUUCAGAGCCAAAGGCUCAUUUAAAAAUACGCCUGUCUAUAGCCUGGUUUCCAUCUGGUUGUAACUGUCGCGAACGUCUCGCCAACGUGUCGUGAAUGAUUUUUAUGCGUGUUUCCAUAUGAUUGUAACUGCCGUGACACUGUCGCAAGUUAUUUUCGUACCCAGGGAUCGCACAAGCAGCUGGCGGCAGUUUUAAAAAGACAAACACCGUCCCCUUAAAGGGGACCUUUGCCCCCCCCCCCCUUCCCCAUGAUUGUCGCAAAACUGUUGCCACGCUGUCGUUUUUCUGAGCACUUCCAUUAAAACAUAACCGUCACGUUUUUAACCUGUCGCAACUGUCGUCGAGAUAGAACUCGAGCCUAUCUGGACGACACUGUUGUAACUGUCGUGAACUGUUGCCAACUUGUUGCGACAACACUUUUCUUCAUGUUUCCAUUUGGUCACGAACAUAGUUACACGAACAUAGUUCCAUUAGAACAUAGUUACAUAGUUCCAUUUGGUCACGAACAUAGUUACAUUUGGUCACGAACACGUUCGCGACAACCAUAUAGAAACCAGACUUACAUCUGAUAUAACUAAGAUAAUUUUGAAAUAAACUACAUUGACAUUCCUGUCAAUUACAUUUAAAUUUACAGUAAAUUCUGUUUUUAUUUAUAGAGCGUACAGAUUGGUUAUCCUCUAUAUUUUUUGUUUGGUGAGUAUAAUUAGCACUUUUCUGUUACUUUCUGGGAAACAAAUUUAACGUAUAUGAUGAUCUUAACAUUUCAUGAAUUUUCAGGCACAUUUGCAAAGGGAGCUGUUCGAUGGUUUACUGGGCUUUAUCAAGACAGGUAAAUCUAUUUUUACAAUGCUAUCCAAAAUUUCGCACAAACCCAAAUAUCCUUUAAAUUACUCCAACCAGAAAUCUCAAGUGCAAAGAAAUAUUUUUGUACUGUAUUUAAACAAAAAAUAUCGUAAUAAAAACAUGCUUUGAUAAAACUUACCUGGAAAAAUACAAAAAACUAUAAAGUCACUUUAAGACUUUUGUUCGUGCGUAUACCCAUGUUGAAAACUCUUUAAAUUCUAUGUAUUAUGAAAUAGCUAAAUAAAUAAAAGAAUUCUGUAUUCCUUGUUUGCAAUCACGUGAUCUUUCAUCCAAAUGACGGACAAUCAAACAACUUGUGUACGAUUUUUCUCCUAUCAGAAUGGUUGUAGCAAGAAAAACUGAACGAUAAUUCAUCUUUUGAGUCUUAAACUGUCUCUAAACUCGAUCAACAUAUUAAAAUAGCUGUUUUUUGUUAUACCUGUCCGUCAACUGACAUCCCCAAAUUACGUCAUUGCAAACAAAGAAUUAUUUAAUGUGUUAGUAUUGAGGUAAAUAGUACUUGUAUAUUUUUUUUAAUAAUUUCAACGAUCUGUGGGCACCUAGGAUAAAAGCUUAACUGGAAAGCAGUAGAAACUCAGCGCGACGUUCAUCUAGGUCCUAACUUGGUACUGCGUGUAAAUUUUAGUAUUAUAGAUUAUCAAGUCAUGCUCAACAAUCCAUUGUUUUUUAGACAACUUUCUCGUUUGGAUUCUCUCUAUGGUCUUCUCGAUCUUCGUUUGUUUUGGUUUUGUUUUACGUCCGGAAUUGUGAUUGCGUAUGUCUGGUUGCUGACAAAUAAAUUGUUUAUUAUUGUUUAUACAGAGGUUAGUUACACCUUGUUUGGUGUUUGAGACAGUAUACAGUAGUUGCUUUUUUGGGUAGAAAGUUUUGUGCUCUGAUCCUGAGCAUUUGUAAAGAAGAAAUGCAAUAGAAUUCCCAAUAUUCUUCAUACCCUGCAAAACAGGAUCUGUAAAGUCGAGAUUUGUGUUGUAUAGAAGAAGAAAAAACUACCUUUAAAUAAUUCCAAAUUGUAGAGUAAUUAUUUUCGGCAUCUUGGCUGAGUGCAGGAGGUGGUACAUGACUAAUUGGAAUGUCUUAGAGCCAUUGAGGGCCUGUCUGACCAUGUACAUGUAGGGGGUCUUACUAAUUUUCACAUCACUUCUGGAAAGCUUGAUCCAUUCUUUGUUCAUGGUCAUUCACAGACAAUACAGUCCUGAACAGUACAGUCCUGAACAACGGUCCUGAACAACGCCAUAGCUCCCUCAGUGAUGAUGGAACCUGCUCUCCUCAUCAAGCUUGGUUCAUUCUAGUCUAUAACAUGUUUUCAAUCUUUCAAGGUUCUCAGAUUUCCCAUUCAGUCGACAUUCACUGAAGAUGCAGAUCAAAGUCUUCCUGUGGCCUUGAAAUGUCAGACUGUUCCUUUACUCAAGGUUGGUGUGUGCAACUUUAGAAAAUUGUAAUGUACUUUGUAUUCGUGUGUUCUGUUGUAAUAUGUGUUCGUCCAAGUGUGCGGUAUAAUUGAAUGCUUGUCCAUCUUAUGUGACUGUAUAAUUUGAAAUGCAAAUUGGGGUAGACUAAAAAUACGCCUAAUAUAUAUAUGUUGUUGUUGUUUAAGUCUCGUCGCUGUAAAAUAAGUCUCAAUAAAUGUAUUAAAGCUCAUGAGUUCUCGUUCUGUUCGUCUUUUACUUACAACGAGCAGAUUAAGCAUGGAAUAUAUCAACGUUCAAAAUACCCUGCACCAUGCAUGCAAUUGAGAGAGUGUAUAUGAGAGUUGAGAAGCAAGAGUUUGCACAAGAAUUUUCUCAACUCUCAUGCUCCAGUCAAAUGCGAACAAGAGUUGCAUGAGAGUUUUAUUAGAAUAUUACCGCAUGCGUAGCGAAAACUCUCAUCACAAUUUGAAGCAGUUCAAAGUCGAUGAGAGUUGGUGGUCCAAUGCGAUGAAACUCUCAUCAACUCUCAUCCUCGUUCGACUGCAUGAGGCUUUACAACAGAAUAUGUUACCUUGUCCUGUGUAAAUAAAGUCAUUCUAACCACAAACCUCUCAUUUCAUCUACAUAUCUCAUCUAUUUCUUUUUAGUACCUGGCAUUUCAUGAUCUCUGUCAACUGUCACAGUUUUCAUCAAAACGAAGAAAGCAAAUAUUCUCUUUAAGUAUUCCAGGUAUACAAUAAUUGAUUUCCCUUUCACACAUUUAUAUAUAACAUUUUAUUUGAAUUUGGUUGAGAAUCUGACAAGCUAGAUUCUUUAUUCUUGUACCUCGUCUUAGCGAAAAACGCCCUUUCUUAGAAACUUUUUUUAUCAAUGUCAUCAUGAGCAUGGAAUUAUCCUAUACAGUAGAUGUGCGGUUUGUGUUUUAAAUAUUAAGAUAGUCAUCAUUCACAUUCUAAUUAUUUAGGAGGUCGACCUCUGAAUUGGUUGUGGAUUUCAGAUGAAUGCCUGACUUUACUGAACGAUCUGAAGGAACGUCUUACUCUACAUAACAAUAAUCGUCACAUGAUGUAUAGAGUGGUCAGGACAACUGAAUCUCUCGCGAAAACACCAACACGAAGUUUUAGAGGUAUGGUAGAUGGAGGUUGCAAACUUUGGCAAGGCAGGUUUUGGGAAAUUGUAUAUUCUAAUAGUCUAUUCUAUAGUUGAGGUACAGUACAUGUAUAGCAAAGUUGGGAAGAACAUUUCUUUAACACAAGCAAUUUUUGUAUAUUGUUGUCUUUGCAAUAAUUCGCCUUAUAAUCCGCCUUAUAAUCCGCAAAUAAUCCGCAAAACAUUUUCAUCGGAAACAAAAUUUAAUCACACAGAGUUGAAAUAUGGACUGUCUUGCACAAGCUGUCAAAGUUUCAAGAAAUUUGGUGCACGCGUAGGCCAACAGGAGAUCUGAAAACCUGCAUUUUCUUCCAUUUUGUUCAAACCCAAUUUCUUUGCAUGAUUUCAAAUUAAUGUUAUGCAUGCUCGAAUGUUUGCAUAAAUUACAGUACGAAAUUCGCAAGCUUUGAUUUCUGCAAUAUGCAGUUAUCUGAUUAUAAUUACAUCUAAGUCACAUGAGAAAAGAGGUCCUCCAGUUUAACUUGAAGUAAAGUAACUUAAGGUUUCCUCCUGAAGUAAAACAAAGCCAAUCAGACCUUACACCACAAUUUAAUAUUUUAUAUAGACACAAGUCAAAGCUCAGUAAAACGAACUCCAAACCCUGUGAGAUUUCAAACAACGAGUGAAAUAUCAACUUCAGGAAGUAAAACUCUGAGACACACUUUAACUGGUCAUCAGUCGUCUGCAGGACACAAAUCUUCAGAAAAUACUCCAAUUCAGCAAGACCACAAGGUGAAUAUAACUAAUCCAGGCUUCUUUACUCUAAAUAUCUUGCGCAUACCCAUAGCUCAAAAUAGCUCUAAAUAUUUAAGUUCUGGACCCGCUUUACCCAGGCAAUAUAAAAAGGUACUGUAGUUAUGGUUAACUACAGUCAGUACGAAAGUCAACCAAUUAAAAUCUCCUAAUUUAAAGUUAACUACAAAAUAGUAAUUGAAAAGUAGUACAGAGUUUUAUUCAACCGACCCCAGGAUGUGAUGAGAAGUAUUUUAAUGACGUAUCCAGUUUUUAUGUUUGUUUAAAAUGGGUGCAAUAAAGUUCUCAUGUGUAGCUGCCUCAAGCCCUCCUCCACCCCCCGCCCCCCUCCCCCCCGUUAGUGCUCCACAUUUUUUGAAUGUGGAAGCUUUGUUCUUUAUCCAGGUUUUAAUGUCUGAGAAACUGAAACAAAUUCCUUUGGUAGAAUAUUUAGUGGAGAAGGUGAAGUGUAUUUCUUUUAUUUGUUUCAAUAUAAGUACGUGAAAGAUGGAAUUUUCCAUUUCAAGAGGCUUCAAGACGGGACAGCUGUGUGAAAUAGAAAAUUCCAUCUUUCACCGAAUGAAAAUAUUUUUACUAUAAUUGCACGAUGAACAUACUCAUUAUUUGUUUUAUAUAACACUAAAAUAAUCAAUUUAUCGUUUUUUAUUGAAUUAUAUACAGUAAAUACAAAACAAAUACAUAACCUGAGUCGCAUAUAUAAUGUUUAAAAUUAAUAAAAAAUCCAACAAAUAUGUCCCAAAAAUGAGUGAGACUUAAAUAAUAAUUUACCUCGUCCUCGAUAUUGUCGUAAAAAUAAUGUUGUUACACCCGCCAUUUUGCUUCACACAAUUUCUGCAUUUGGAAUUUAUUCCAACGAUGUCAUGAAAAUUAUCAUGGUUAAAUGGGCUGUAACGUUGAUACGAACAGGAUUUUGAAUAAUUGAAUUUAAUUAAUAUUUUACAGAGGAACAAAACGUACUAUAUUACAAAAAUGCAGGGCUGUUUUAUUUUUCAACCUGUUUAGGUGGACGAAUUAGAAACAGAAGAUUUAUUCAGUGAUGUACAGAUACAGAUUUGGGCAGCUGAAGGUUUGUGUUGUGUUGGAAACAUAGAGAAUGUGAUCUCAUCUUCUCAGUCAUGUGAAAUGAAGGAUUAUAAAACUUUGAUGCAGUGAAUAUUCAUGCUUAAUAUCCCUUAGAACUGCUUACGUCACGCAAUUUUCAAUCCAUCAAAACAUUAGGUAUACGCAAUGCAAUGUGGAAUACAUGUGGAUCAAAUAUUCAUUGUCUGACUGUGACAUAACGUAAAGACUUCUAGGUCAAUUAGAAGAAUAAUUAGUAAUUCGGAUUUGUAAUCUUGAUAUGUUUACGUCUGCAGGUUUAUCACGACUGGUGGCUGCAUCUUUCACGGAAGAUGUUUUUGGUGUCGUGCAGAAGGUAGAAUAUUUGUAAAUUUUUAUUUGCAGUCAUGUUUUCCUUGUCAAUUUAUUUUCCACAUUCUCAUUUCAGACAUUGCCGUUUAUAUUGACCUCGUUACUCGAACUUCUUCAGGUAUUCAUUUAUUUUGUUUUACAGUUUAUCAGAAAUAUCAAUCCUUCCAGUUGAACGCAGACAGUAUUUUUUGAACCGCCAUAUUCUAUAUACAAAUUUCCUAAUGCCGAGUUCGUUCUACCAAUCUCUCGAUAAAUAUCUGUCAUCGCCCCCCGCUCCGCAGAGCGAUACAGAUUCCCCUACAGCGACUUUUACCAUCAUUCCUACUUCAUCUCAAAACUCUAAAGGCUGGAUUACAACGUCAAUGUUUUUGUGUUCACAGUAGGAAUUUUGCAUUUGUCUGCAGGAAUUUGCAGGCCUGUAAUCAAUUGACUCAAAUUACAGUACAUGUUUUGUUUUAGGCAGUCGAGCUUUACCUUAAAAGACCUCUUGAUCAAGAACAGUUAUAUAGAAAACGACAUCCAAGUGAGAUUAAAAGAACUGUGCACGUUUUUAGAGAUUGUGAGUAUCUUGUUAUUCAUGUUUAUAUUGUAUGCAAAGUGGGCUGAUUUCUACCAGAGAAGGAUCAUCCGUCUUACCUGUAGGCUGUAGCAGCCUAGGCCUAGGACCUUUACUUGGAUGGCUUUGGUAGCUUUGGUCAAUUUUGGGCUAGGAUUUGGUAAGUAUGACGUCACAUGCGAAAUGGAGCGCAUGCGACGUCAUACUUUCCAAAUGGUAGCCCAAAAAUGACCAAAUCUGCCAAUGUCAGCUGGUCCAAACCAUCACCAACAAUCUAUUAAAACACUGUUCUGUGACAUUUUUUUACAAUUUUACUGCAAUUAUUUACUUGUUAUCCCCUAAACCUACAAUGUUGGACGUAUUCCAAUUCCUUUAACCGUUCUCUGGGAAAGCAAUCAACAUUGAAAUUCUAAUUUGCGUCAAUAUUAAGUAAGUUGGAAGUGGGUUGCUGUAUCAAUGAUUAUAGGUCUGGGCUGCCGUCUUAGUAUAAACACAAGACGAACCAUCCUGGCGGACCGCAGCUAAAAAGCGUGAUCUAUACAAACGACCAUCAAAAAUUCACGAACUACACAGAUAAUUUGUCUGUUUGCUAAACUUAUAAACAGACGAAUGUUCAGACGAGUUACUGUAUCUUUUCAUUGCCCAGUUUGUGCCCACUCGAAAACAUCCUCAUUGUGUUUGAACAUUUCAGCUUUACGAUGCUCUAUAUAUAGAAUAACAGAGACAUUCCAGCAACACAUCAGGUAAUUUCUAAUACUUGUUAUAAAAUUAUUUUUCUUGUGCAAACUUGGUUGGAAGAUAUAAAGAGCUCUAUCAGAAAAAUAUAAAAAAGGAUUCGGUAUUAUUGUAUUAGACGAAAUUUCCAAGAGAAGUGUUAUAAAAUAUGAAUUCAAAUCAUUCGAAAAGGUUACAACACUCAGCAUUUUUCGUCAACACGGGCGUCACCCGAAAAUUGGUAUAACUAAAGCCCGUUCUCCACUACGCGAAUUUGUUCGCGCGACGCGAAGCGAAAACCGAAAUCCGGCAACGUGAUUGGUCGGCGAAAAAAUUCGCGGCGAAAAAGUAGGAUCGCUUCCUACUUUUUAUCUGUUCGCGCGAAUAAAUUCGCCUAGUGGAGAACGGGCUUAAUCUUGACGGCAUUUUUUCUCACAGCGCUCGUGUAAGGAAGAAAAAAAUUUAAAAUCUUAUGUUUUGUCAUGUGUGUUUACCACAAACUGACACAAACACACUUUUUAAUCUAGUCCCCCGUGUUGACUUGCUUCAGCUCGCAACUAUAUCAUUCCUGCAUGGCAGCCUACAUUCUCCCCACCAGGGCUCGAAUUUUAUCGCGGCAAUUGCCGUAGAGGCCGUAUAGUGCAAUUUUUAUACUAUAUUCACUGUGCAUUACUAUUUUGAUACUUGAAUUCAGAUGUUGAUCAAAUCAUGCGUAAAUCACUAUUUUAUUCUCACUUUUCUUCGAAAAAAAAACACUAAAGAAAUACGUAGACAUGUUUCUAGCUUGUCAAAAAUCCAAAGUAACAAUAAAAUUAAAAUUUUAUUACAGUAAUUUGAAAAAUGCCGUGGAAACUGCCAAAAUUGCCGUAGACAGCUGUUACGUUCUACGGCAAUUUUUAACGCCAUUGCCGUCGAUUGAUUUCAGGGAAAUUCGAGGCCUGCUCCCCACAAUCAUUUCUGUGAAGCUUGUCGUAUUGGGUAGCCCACAUUGAGUGUUUAUGGAAUAUUUUGGAGUGUCACCCAUGCACCCUCUCCCAUGCACCAGAGCACUGGUUCCUUGGGUUCCAUUCCCGUUGAGGAUAUUCCGAAUUUAAUAGACCUUUCCCCUUUUGAGUGAAAUUUUGAUCUAGACAAGUCUGGACAAAAAUUUCAUCACAGCUUGAAAGAGCAUCACAAAAUUAGCAAUAUUCCGAAGUUUCGUUGCGAAAUGUUAUAAAAUGCGGAUAAUAUAGCCUUGCGAAGUUUGCCGUUUUUCAGUCAUUUGGUAUUACAAACGGGAAAUUGAUAAUCAGAUGAUCAAACUGAUGCAAAAUGUUAGAUUGUAAUGCAAAAUGACUGAAAAACGGCAAACUUCGCAAGGCAAUAUUAUCCGCAUUUUACAACAUUUCGCAACGAAACUUCGGAAUAUUACUAAUUUUGUGUUGCUCUUUCAAGCUGUGAUGAAAUUGUUGCCCAGGCAUAUCUAGAUCAAAAUUUCACUCAUAAGGGGAAAGGUCUAUUUUCCUGCAAGUAAAUACACACUUGGGACCACAAGUCCUUUUCACUACUUUCGAUACUAAAAAUAGAAUGUGUAUUAAAAUCACGGUAAACUGUUUAACAAUGUUUUAAUUUUAUUGUUUAGUGACGUUGAACUGACAAGCAGUAACAAGGAAUUCCUGACGUCUUUUCUGAAAUUCCAAGAGUAACAUGCAAACUGGCUUUCCGCGAAUCUCGUGCAUAAUAUGAUUGCUUUGAGAAAGAUAUAUAGUGUCAAACUGAAGAAUUUCUUGUUAGAUUUUUGUUUUGUUAUUUUGUAGUUAAGGGGCGGACCAUUAGAAAUCCCGGGAGGGGGGUAUAAAAUUUUUGCGGCACGAAUUUUAAUGCAUUUAACCUCUGUACGAAUUUUUUUUCAAGACUAUUUGUACUUCGCUGUUUGCUUGCACGAAUUUUUUUUCUCUGACGUAAUGGCUGCACGAAUUUUUUUCCCAGGCAUUUUCCUUUGCACGAAUUUUUUUGGGGAAUUUUCACCCCCCCUCCCGGGAUUUCUAAUGGUCCGCCCCUAAUAGACUUAAGAUUAACUUCUAUAGAACUAUAGAUAAUCGUCAUAGAGCUAAACACGUAGCAUAUAAGGCAGUAUUUCAGUUGCUUUAAAAAGGGCACGAGUUGCAGCUCUAAGGCAUAGAGGCUUGCAGGUUUAAUUGGGUUGAGACCACUGAUAGCAGGGUGCGAUAAUUCAAGAUUUCAGUCGUACCUGAUUGGUACUUUUACCUGAUUGGUAUACUUCAGUGAUUUUUUCCACGUACUUGCGCGAGUACAAACUCAUACUCACGGUGUACUUAUUCUUUAAAAUAAAAUAAAAUACAGGUUUCUGAAAGGUAUUCAAACUGCGUGUUAGAACAAGGAGCACAAUUGCAUAUACAAACACUACAAUCGACUCCAACAUUCUUUUGUCCCAUCAGUCCGAUCAUGUUUCAUGCUAAGACAUGUCAGACUUACAUAUAUACUGACUUAACCACGGUUUUGAAUACCUUGGGCUUGGAAAGGUCAUGUGGCAUACCAACAAAAAGUAUGUACGCAGAUAGCAAGAGUGUUUAGACCGUACGGAGGUAUUGGUAUACCUCCGGUACGUAAGUACGCGAAUUAUCGCACCCUGGAUAGACUGGAUAGUUAAGCGUGGAAAGCAUUGAGAAUCGAUGAUACAACGUUGGAAUUUGCAUGACAGUGUUCUUUUUUCAAUUCUCAUACCACCCGAUCAAAUGAGGUUCUAACUAUAUGUAACCGCGUGUAGUAAAAACACUCGUUGACUCUCAUCGAAAGUUGAAUCAUCUCAAAGCUGACGAGGGUGCAUGGUGUUGAGUUGGUGGCCACUGUCAAACACGGAGAGCGUAACUCAUCAACUCUUAUGAACUCGGUUUGACCACUGCUUUAUAUAUUUCCUAAUGUUUCAGUUGUUUGUGUUGAUCAUAUAGUACAUAAAUAUAUAGGAAUUGGUUUUUUCUUAGUCAAAUUUCCCAAUAUAUGGUUUUUUCUUAGUCAAAUUUCCCAUAGGCAUAGGCACUAUGGCAUAGGGGAC